GGCUGGCAGCCAGGCUAGGAAGAACUACCUUCACAGCGAUAAAUUGACGGCAAUUUCGUCUCAAACACUGAAAUUAACAUAGGCCUACAUUGGGAAGUCUUCUUGCUUUAUAUGUAGCUCUGCUUAAAAUCAAAUCACCAAGCUCUGUUCUAAAGUAGGCUAAAUAAAGACCCUUGCUACUGUAGUGGCUCCACUUCUUUCCCAGAAAUUGUGGUUUUAGCUUUCACUUUCACUCUGUCGUUCUCCUUGCAGCCGAGCAUUCAGCAAGGACGAGAUUCGCCUGUCCUUUGGAAUAAUCUACAAAUUUCCUAAACGUGUUUUAUUUAUUUAUCAGAUUAAAUUUGAAAAAAGAUUUGAACAGAUAGUUUUUCGGUUAAUAGUGUGUAGUGGGAAUUGCCGCACUGUUUAUCGCGCUCAAAUAUGAAGGCGCAUGGAUUGGUUGCUUUCUAUGCGACUUUGACAACCGCUGCAGCAAUCACGCUUUUGGUCCCCAAAGAUGGAAUCUCAGCUAGGCUGGGUCAUGAUGCCAGUCUACCUUGCUGGGUCACCCCAGCCACAAAUGCAGAGAACAUGGAAGUACGAUGGUACCAGACCUUUGACAACCCAGUCCUACUUUACAAAGACAAGAAGAUCCAGAUAUCCCCAGUCCAAGCAGAGUAUGUGGGUCGGACAUCCUUUGGACACCGAACCCCAAGAUCAGAGGGGCUAAGGGAGGGGGAUUUGACCCUGAAGCUGACUAAUGUAACUCUAAAUGAUGAAGGAGAGUAUACAUGCUAUGCUAGCCAAAGUGCAGGCUAUGACAAUGGGAAAGUUCAUCUCACUGUAACCGUAAUUGGGACUCCCCCUCUCCUCUCUGUGGUGCGGACAACAUCUGGCUCUGUCAAUGUGAGCUGUGAGUCUCGCGGUUGGCAUCCCCAGCCCAGGCUGCAGUGGUCGGAUGGGCAGCAGUCUCUGGCCCCUCAGAGCCUGAGCUACAGCAGGGAUGACCAAGGUCUGGUGGGGGUCCACAGCUGGCUCGUCUCCAGCUCACCAUGGGUCUCCUGCUCUCUGAGUCUGUCUCCAGAGGAGGAGCGGGAGGGGAGAAUGGACCUGAAAAGCAUACCAGCUAAAGAUGUCCCAUCUGGAGGCUGGAAGACUGCAUUCAUCAUUCUCCUAGUUUUGUCGAUACUCACUGCCAUAGGAGUACUGGUGUACAUCAAAAACAAAGAUACGAUUAAACGUAUCAUAAGAGGGACAGAUGUGAACGAGGUGGACAAACAUGCAGAUAGACAAACCAUUUUAACUACAGUCACUGUAGACAAUGGACACAUUACAAACUGUGCAGGUCUGGAUGAUAUGAAAAAACAUGGAGUGAACAUCACAUUAGAUAGGAGCACAGCGACUCCUCAUCUGACAGUUUCUAAGGAUGGUAAAAGAGUGAGGGACAGUAAAGAUGUAGUGUGUAGUGAGGAGGAGUGGUUCAGUCAACACACCUUUAUACUGGGAGAACCAGGCUUCUCUUCUGGGUGUGCUUACUGGGAAGUAGGGUUGGGAGCCAAAAAUGUGGACCUCAAAGAAUCUUGGUGGGUUGGACUGGCAAGUGAGACCGUCAAGCAGCAAGGUCAUGAUGUACCAUUCACCCCAUCAGCUGGCUUUUGGUUCCUGUCUUCAGAGAAAGGGAAAGGGCUUAAAGUUCAUGCAGAGACCAGCACUAUAUGUUUUGUCACACAGAGACCUGAAAUCCUAGGGGUGUAUUUGGACUAUGACAAAGGAGAGGUCUCCUUUUACGAUGUCAAAGAUCAGAAACAUAUUGGCACUUUAGCUACUAAGUUUACAGAGAAGGUGUUUCCACUUUUCAACCCAGGUAGAGAUGAGAAAGCCCCUUUAAGGAUAAUAGAUGUUCCACCUGAAACCAAAUGUAAAACUGAGCAAGACGUACAGCUUGUAACUGAAGCUUCCCCCCUUUUAAAACCAACACCAUUGGAAAUGGAUCAAACCUGUACAGGUGAUCUUGUCAGUGAAGAGUGUAGAGAUGAGAAAGAUCCAUUAAAGAUAAUGGUCAUACCUAAAGAUCCCAAGGCUGGGCCGGAGACUGAGAAUAGUCCUGAUGGAAUACACUCAAAAGAGUUAGAUGUUCCACCUAAAACCAAGUCUGAAACUGGAGUUUUUCCACAUUUCAACCUAGGUAAAGGUGACAUUGCCCCAUUAAUUAUAACAGACAUACCUACAGGCCCUAAGGCUGGAAAGGACACUGACAAUAGUCCUGAUGGAAUACCCUCAAAACAGUUAUCUGUUCCACCUGAGACCAAAUCUGAAACUGAGAACGUUUUUUCACUUUUCAACCCAGGUAAAGGUGACAUUGCCCCAUUAACGAUAACAGACAUAUCUACAGGCGCCAAGGCUGGACAGGAAACUGAGUAUAGUCCUGAUGAAAUACACUCAAAACAGUUAGAUGUUCCACCUGAAACCAAAUGUAAAACUGAGCAAGACGUAGGGCUUGACACUGAGGUUUCCCCCCUUUUAAAACUAAUGCCAUCUGAAAUGGAUCAAAACUGUGCAGGUGAUCUUGUCAGUGAAGAGUGUAGAGAUGAGAAAGCUCCAUUAAAGAUAAUGGUCAUACCUAAAGAUCCCAAGGCUCGGCCGGAGACUGAGAAUAGUCCUGAUGGAAUACACUCAAAAGAGUUAGAUGUUCCACCUAAAACCAAAUCUGAAACAGACGUUUUUCCACUUUUCAACCUAGGUAAAGGUGACAUUGCCCCAUUAAUGAUAACAGACAUACCUACAGGCCCCAAGGCUGGAAAGGACACUGACAAUAGUCCUGAUGGAAUACCCUCAAAACAGUUAUCUGUUCCACCUGAAACCAAAUCUGAAACUGAGAACGUUUUUUCACUUUUCAACCCAGGUAAAGGUGACAUUGCCCCAUUAACGAUAACAGACAUAUCUACAGGCGCCAAGGCUGGACAGGAGACUGAGUAUAGUCCUGAUGGAAUACACUCAAAAGAGUUAGAUGUUCCACCUGAAACCAAAUGUAAAACUGAGCAAGACGUACAGCUUGUAACUGAAGCUUCCCCCCUUUUAAAACCAACGCCAUCUGAAAUGGUUUCUGAUUCUGAUUCUGAUUUGUAA